AUGGUAGCGUUGACAUGCCGCUGGUGGCUCGCGGUGUGCAGCUUGGCCACCGCCGUCGCCUUCAAGGCAUCCGAAGCACCGAUGCAGAUCGUCAAAACCGAUAACGAGACCCUCAAGAAGCAAGUGGAGGAGAUCGCGGCGAAGAACAUGCAGGGAGAGUUCGAGGACAUGAAUGCCAUCCCGAAUCCUGCGAACUUCACGCUGAACGGAAGCAUGCAAAAUGCCUCCCAGGGUGUUGGAGAGCUCGGGAAGAGCUUCGAGUUCAUGAUGCUGAAGCUGGCCCAGCUUGAGACGCUGUGCGAGUUGCAGCAGCUCGAGAUCGAGUCGUUGAAGACGACUGUGAAAGGUCUUGCCGAACAUGUGGAUCACCCGGACAGCGUGGCGUCCUUGGUGCAGAAGGACGAGAAAACCAGAAUGCAAGAGACCCAGCAAACGCUGAAGAGGGUGCUCGCCAAGCACGCUCGGCAGCAUAAGACCAAGGAAUUCCUUCCGACGCUUGCCCGUCAAGGUCGUCACGAAGCUAAGCCUGAGGCAGGAGGAGCUGAGCGAUCACGGCGUGCUGACUCGUCUGGACCGUUCAAAGCCACGGGUCAGGCAGAGGCUAUGCUUCUGCAGCGCGGGAAGACGACGAAAGCUGAUACGGCAUCCUUGGACAGUGCAGUCUCCGCCAAAGGCAUCCCAAUUUAUGACGACGUAAAAGACUUCGCGGAGGACCGCAUCGAGGAUGUCAAAAGCGUCGCUGAGAGCACGGCGGAUGCCUACGAGGCAGCCGCAGACAAGGUGGCUUUCGUUGCCAAUACGGUGAUUGACACCGUGGAGAUGGCUGUGAAUAUCCUUCUGAGAGGCUUCACCGAUUGGGCCGCCGACUGCGACAUCAGCGGACCCAGCAUUCGGGAUUACGUCGACGAAUGUUCGAUUACGGGCUACCGAGAAGAGAGGGGGAUUUUUGGUUGGACAUUCCGGAUCCCCAUAGUCGAGUGCAAACAAAAGAGUGUCCUGAUGGCGCUUAACUGGGGCCGGCAGAAGUGUUGGAUCCGCCUAAUGGGCCAGCAGAUUACGCUUUUUGACUUCAACUUUGGGUCCCUUGAAAUGGCGUGGCCGGCUCCAAUUAAAACAGCCAUCGACAUCGGCACAGGACUGAGUAACUGUCACGGUGGCAACAUCUUCAAGUGCCUGGGUGACAAGAUCGUUCCCGACAUCACGUGGCCCCACCCCAUUCAAAAGAUGAUCAACUUCGGCAAUGCUAUCGGCAAUUGCCAUGGUGGUAACGUCUUCAAGUGCUUUGGCGACAAGAUCGUGCAGGUCGUCACGUGGCCCCAGCCAAUUCAAAAGAUGAUCGGCUUCGGCAAUGCCAUCGGGAAUUGCCACGGUGGAAACGUCUUCCUGUGCUUUGGCAACAAGAUCGUAGAGAACGUGCCCAUGCUCAACACCAUGGUAUCGAGCUGCAGCGGUAGGAACCUUUUCGAGUGCUUUGGCACCAACAUCGUGGAGAAAGUGCCACCACUUAAUGCCAUGGUCUCCAUGGGUCGCGAUCUUGCCAGUUGCUUCAGUGGCACAGAACCUGUCCAUUUGUUCAAGUGCCUGGGCACAAGGAUCGCAGAGAACGUGCCUGCAUUGGGCCGGAUGGUCACCCUCGGCAAGGACCUGGUGAACUGCGCAGACGGUGCAGAGCCAAUCGACCUCAUCAAGUGCUUCGGCAUGCGGCUCCUCCAGGAAGUCCCCCCUCUGAGCUUCCUGACGAGGCUGGGCGAGCUCUUAAAGGAGUUCCUGGGGCACUUUACCAAGUAUGCCACGUCCGUCGUGAAGACUGCCAUGGACAAGGGCCUCAGCUUUGUGCAGACAGCCGCGACGUCCGCCUUCCCGGAGGUGGGCGCGCCGCCCGCGGUGCACCACGCCGGCAAGAACCUCAUCGUCAAGACGCAUUCCCAGCCCGGGUACCACGGGUCCAAGGACCCCGGUGCCAAGGUGCCGAAGCGUACGGCGGUGCUGCAGACGGGCGCCAAUGCGUCGCGGGCAGGCGGUGAUGACGACAGUGAUGCCGCGAUCACUUUCAAGGUCGGACCCUAUGGGCCCGAGACUACUGGGCUGAUCACACAGUUCGAGGGCAAGGAGACAGACACCGGCUCCUGCCUGGCCUUCGCGCCACGGACCAAGACCGGCUCCGGCAACCAGGCGACGAAAGGAGACUGGGUGGUGGACAGCAACGACAAGUUCCUGCAGCUGGAGCCAUGGGCUGUUCCCUGUGACAACACGUGGAUGCAGCGGAACUGGGACAAGUGGCAAGGUUACACUUUUUACAUGUCGAAGUCGAACAUCGAGAAGUGCGUUACCGUCACCUUCGCCGUGGGCUUGCAGCCCGUCGCGGCUUUUGUGGGCGGCAUACAGUUUGAUGUGCUUCCAACACCCUUUUUCGAGUUCGACACCCAAAUUUGCUGGCCGAAGCAUCACCCAGGCGGGGUGGACAUCAGUGCCCUCCGCUUUGAAAUGCGCACCAUGGGCAUCCUGCUUUUCGGCCGUACCUUACGCUUGACGAAGCGCUUCGGCGACGGCACGGACUUUCAGGGCAGCAACAUCGAUCGCGGGAUUGAAACCUUCCGAAGCCAGCUUGGGCUGGAAUGGGGGUCGGACUUUGAGAGUUCUUCGGGCAUGAACAAGAUGAGCCGCACCCCGAAGCUCUUGCAGACGAACAAGACCACGAGCCAGGACGAGAAGGCCGAAGAGGAGGGUGCCAUGCAGUGGGUCGACGCAGAGGAGCUGUAUCUGGCAUCUGCAGAGUAUGGACCCGAACUCUUCGUCAACAAGACCUCCGAAUUGCGCGGCCCGGCCGCGCACCGCCGCCUGAGCGCCCUGCAGCAAUCCAAGGAGUCGCACAAGCUUUUCCGCUUCAAGCAUCCUGGAAUGGUCAGCUUCGCGCUGGAGGGGCUCUACACCGACGGGGUCCUGGAGCUGGGUGUGCAGAUGGGCUUUGGCCCCUUCGAAAGCCCAUCGACGAAGAUUCCGCUCGUGAACAUCGUCGACCAGUUCUCUUCCAUCCUCAAGUCCCUGCCCUUCAUCUCGUCGGGCAGCCGCGGAAAAGCCGAAGAGGCACUGCGCGACUUCGAAGAUAAGAACGAGGACAAGUUGGAGAAGGGGAUGGUGAACGAGGUGCUGUUUCAGCCCGCGGACCCGUCUUCCAUGGUGGCUUGGUUCAAAAGCGAAGAUGCCGGGCCAGAAUGGCCGAGCGCCGUUGGCACCUGGAAGGGUCGUGUGACGAAGGGCAGCGUCACCGAAAAGGUCGAGGUUGGAAAUGGGGCGAACAAACCUGUGCGGUACCUCUCCGGCAAUACCCACGCAGGAUAUGACUUUGGCAAGGUCAUGAAGCCGGACUUUACGAUUUGUUCAGUCACCCGCUACCUCCAAGGAGGCAAAAAGUCCCGUAUUCUCACAAACAAAGACCCCAACUUCGUCCAUGGGCACUGGCAUGACCGUGCUGGUCUUGCUCAUUACAAGACUUGGGUGACAUCGUACGAUGUUCCGAGCAGCACCGAUUGGCUUGUGAUGUGUGGCAACAACAAGCAGGUUGUCAUGGCCGGCAACGAGCGGCGGAAUAUCGCUACCGGACAGAGUGCCCUUCACAGCGCGGAUUUCAACUUGUACAUCAAUGAGGGAUUCGAGCAAGAGUUCUCCGACUUCGGUGUCAUGGAGAUCAUCACGUGGAACCGUGCGCUCUCCGAAGACGAGAUGUGGACCAGCAUGGAGUACCUGAACUCGAAACUCCAGGCACCUGCGGACCCGUCUUCCAUGGUGGCUUGGUUCAAAAGCGAAGAUGCCGGGCCAAAAUGGCCGAGCGUCGUGGGCACCUGGAAGGGUCGUGUGACGAAGGGCAGCAUCACCGAAAAGGUCGAGGCUGGAAAUGGGGCGAACAAACCUGUGCGGUACCUCUCCGGCAAUACCCACGCCGGGUAUGACUUUGGCAAGAUCAUGAAGCCGGACUUUACGAUUUGUUCAAUCACCCGCUAUCUCAAAGGAGGCAAAAAGUCUCGUGUUCUCACAAACAUCAACCCCAAUUUCCUCCAUGGCCACUGGCAUGACCGUGCUGGUCUUGCUCAUUACAAGACUUGGGUGACGUCGCCCCAUGUUGCGAGCAGCACCGAUUGGCUUGUGAUGUGUGGCAACAACAAGCAGGUUGUCAUGGCCGGCAACGAGCGGAGGAAUAUCGCUACCCAGGAGGGUGUUCUUCACGAGACGGACUUCAAUUUGUACAUCAAUGAGGGAUUCACCGCAGAAUUCUCCGACUUCGGUGUCAUGGAGAUCAUCACGUGGAACCGUGCGCUCUCCGAAGACGAGAUGUGGACCAGCAUGGAGUACCUGAACUCGAAACUCCAGGUCGCGGGGCAGGUCUGCCCAGGUCUUCCGAUGGGAGACCGCUUCAUUCAGCUCGGGCUCGGGGAAUGGCGACUGGGUGAGCAUGACGAGAGCCACUUCUCCAUCUCACACAAGGAUGGGUGGACGGCACAGAUCUUCCGCAGUGACGGCACCCUUCACCCUGGUCUGGGAGUCUCCACCUGCCUUCAUCCCAACCUUUUGAGCCAUUUGUUUGGUGCUGAGCUUCCAAUCGGGGCCUUCCGCAUCGGAACCAUCGACAACAUCCACUUGUCAGUCGCGCACAAGGGAGGCAAAACCGCGCAGAUCUUCAGAAAUGAUGGCCACUUGUUCCCGGGGCCGCGUGGAGACUAUGGCACCUACGGAAGGCCGUCCGCACUCUCCGGGAUCUCUGAGGGCGACCGUUACCUCCAGAUCGGCCAGUUCCGCCUGGGGGAUGUCGAUGGCCAGCACUUUACUGUGAUCCACACAGGCAAGACGAUCCAGAUCUACAGGGGAGAUGGCACGCUGCACCCAGGACUAAUGACUGACGACUGA